ACUUUCUGCGGGUCUUUUGAGACAGGCAUCUUAUACAACUGUACGUAUGGGUGUUUACACAACACUAUUUGAAAAAAUCAGUUCAGAUGGCAAACCACCAAACUUUUUUGCAAAAGCAGGUAUAGGAAUGGCUGCUGGUGCAGUAGGAGCAUUUUUCGGUACUCCAGCCGAAGUAUCUCUUAUUAGAAUGACGUCAGAUGGCAGAUUGCCACCAGCAGAGAGACGAGGUUACAAAAAUGUCUUUGAUGCUUUAUUCAGAAUUACAAAGGAAGAGGGAGUAUUAACUCUAUGGAGGGUAAAUUC